AUGUACAGGCAGGUGCAUUCAGGCAAUAAGGCCGGAGCCGCCAUUGUAAUUAUGAACAAAAAUAUACCGGUGCUCAGCCUAGAACAGUUCAAAACCGAGUACACUGUAGCUGUUAGCAUAGGAACAAGAGAGCAGGCGAUCAUAGUUGUCUCAUCUUAUUUCAAGUAUUCACUGCCCACAAAUGACUUCAUCGAGCAACUAAGGCCGAUACUAGACAGAGAAGUAAACACAAUAGUCGGGGCGGAUGUGAAUGGCCAUUCAACCCUAUGGCACUCCUCGGAGAGCAACGAAAGAGGACGACAAGUCGAAAAUCUCGUAGAGGACUAUUUGCUCCACAUAAUGAACGUAGAAGGAACGUUAAAUACCUAUGAUCGACCUGGAAUUGGAUCAUCAAAUAUCGAUGUGACUUUGAUAACAAGAGGCAUGAUUGGCCAAGUGACGAACUGGUCUGUCACCGAUGCCACGGACAGCGACCACCGUGUGAUCAGCUUCGAAGCUAUAAUGGCGAGGCCAUGCCCUGAGCCUGGCAAUACAAGGUACCGAACAGACAAGGCUGACUGGGCCAAAAUGACAGCACACUUGGCGAGCCACGUUGGGGACAUCGAUGAGCGGACCGUAGAUAGUCACGCAAAUGGUUUGGUAAUGCUGCUGAAGGCCGCGGCAGAUUUAUCCAUUCCACGUACAAGGACAGCUGGCCGAUCACCAGGAAGACAACCAUGGUGGAGUCCUGAACUUACCGCACUCAAAAAGUUGCUAGAAAGAUCUCGAAGGCUCGGACAGAGGGACAAUGAACCAGAGACUUACAGAGCGCACCGAAAUAGAUAUCUUGCGGAGAUCAGAAAAGCAAAGAUGGCGACAUGGCGAGCACUGGCAGGAGACCUAAAUGUGAACCCAUGGGGCAAAGCCUUCAGGUGGGCGAAGAGAAAAGGUGCUCCGCCAAGUACAGUACAAGGUAACCUGCGGAGGGCAGAUGGCUCAUAUACGGAAAGCGUUGAACAAACAGCUGAAUUACUGCUAAGGGCAUUCGUCCCAGAUGAAACGAACGGUGGCAGUUUUAACCACCAUGGGCCCCUUGAUGACGGUGUGGAAUCACCCUCGGCCUCCGAGGUCAAAGCCUCAAUAUGGCGGAUUAAGCCAAGUAAAGCGCCCGGGUUGGAUGGACUCACUGCCAAAAUAGUGAGAAAGGCCUGGCCAGUAAUCGAGACAACUUUAACCAGACUUUAUGGUGCAGCACUAAGGGAAAGUUACUUCCCCCUUAGCUGGCGAAGGGCCAACGUCAUCGUGAUCCCCAAAGGUGGGGACAAAGAUCCGGCGACUACGGGAGCCUACAGACCGAUAAGCCUGCUACCGGUUCUGGGAAAAGCUCUAGAAACUUUCCUGAUCAAGAAAAUUGAAAAUGAGACGAGCCUGAAUCGCAUAGGUGAACAACAUGGCUUUGUACAAGAUAAGUCCACGAUCACGGCGAUUAAUACGCUAUACAACUGGGUCCAUGAGGCUAAGAGUAGGCACGUCAUGGGCACGUUCCUGGACAUAACAGGGGCGUUCGAUAAUGUAAGCUGGAGCCCGCUACUAAAUCAGAUGGUGAACAUUGGAGCUUCACCAAGUACGACCAGAAUGACUGAGUCAUAUCUAGGAAAUAGAUGGGCACAGAUAAAACUAGAAAGUAAAAUGUAUGAAAAGAAGAUGGAGAGAGGCUGCCCUCAGGGAUCGCAGCUGGGGCCUACUCUCUGGAAGGUAGCGAUGUCCGAGCUACUUGCACUGCCGCAAGAGUCCAAUGUCAAGAUCAUUGCUUAUGCAGAUGAUAUCGCCCUGCUGGUCGGGGCUGCAAGACACGACACAGUUGUGGCAAGGACGGAAAGUUAUCUGGACAAGAUAAAGAAAUGGGCUGUUACGUAUAACCUGUCCUUCUCCCCGACCAAGACCCAGGUCAUGUCAAUUAAGGGUGGAGUGAAGCCAGGAUACCAAGUAAGAUUUGGUACAGAUGAGGCUGCCCCUAGAAUCACAGCUGCUGGUACUGUAAGAUACCUUGGGGUGAUUCUGGACCCAAGAGAGGGGUACUGGAAUCAUGUAGAGUCGCUGGCCGAAAAGUCGAAAAGCCUGUACAGCAGGUUAAGGACCCUGGCUUCGGCGAACGGGGGCAUUAGCCAACUUACGUCUAGGACACUAUACAAAGGAGUGUUCCUACCAAGAGUCACAUACGCAUCGGAAAUAUGGGCGCCAGGCGUAAAACUCAAGAAGUCAAUUAAGAAACUUGGCAGCAUGCAAAGACCACCUCUGCUAGCCAUGACUGCAGCUUAUAGGACAGCAUCAACGAACUGUCUGUCGGUGGUAGCGGGCGUGCUACCUCUGGAUCUAGAGGUAGUGAAAAGCGCUCUACAAAAACGACUGAAGAGAGGGGAAAUAACCCUAGACCAAUUUAAAGACCAUGAAACAGAAAUAUUUACUGAAUGGCAGGAACGAUAUGAAUCCACGGAUAAAGGGGAAUGGACGAAGACUAUGAUUCCUAGCGUGCGGGAACGGUAUAUGCUGCCUAUGCCGUUAGACCAUUAUACGACACAGAUGUUGACGGGGCACGGGGACUUUAAGUCCAAAUUGUUCAAGUUCAAAUUAGUGGCAUCGCCCAACUGUGGAUGCAGGGGCGGAUCAGAAACGGUGCAGCAUGUACUAUACCGAUGCCCAAGAACGGAGAACUACCGCAAGGAACUAAUAGCAACAAUGGCCUCGGAGCAGGAAGGCUGGCCGCCUAGUAAUGGGGCGUUCCUUAAAACAAGGAAGACUUAUGAAGCACUCAGGAAAUUUGCAAGACAAUCACUCAAGAACAGGUCCGACAGGUAA